AUGCUACUCUUGAAUCUCCUCACUGUCGCCGCCGGCCUAAUAGUGCCCGCUGGCGCCCAAAAUAUACCAACCCAAAGAACCUCGAGUACGACAUCAGCUCUCAUAUCAACACAGUAUGAGUCUGCUUCUGAUGCCCCGGUUAUUUUCGGGGACCAGAGCUUCGUGUUCCUCGUGGAUACCGGCAACAGUGACGCCUACGUGAUGCAAACAGGCUACAGAUGCGUCAACAGCACCAAUUUCCUUCUCAAAUCACAAAAUUAUCGUCUCUACGCAAACCAGACCUACCACAAGUCUGAGACAUGUAGUAGUGUCCCCAACGAGAUGUUCGGCAUAAAAUACGGCGCAGGAAGCGCGGGCGGCCUCUUGGUCUACGAACAAGUGUCCAUAGGCGGUCGGUGUAAGCGUCAACACCCAGAAGAUCGGCAUCUCAAAUGA